AUGAGCGCUCACCCAUACUCGCCGGCGAGCCUUGAGCUCCCGGGCUAUGUACCGCCGCGACUCUCCCACCUCGAGAUCCUCGGGACCUACCUUGGCGCGUCCCUCUUCGUCUUCGCCGCCAUCUGGCUCCUCUCCGGGAGGUGCGACAGGCUAUCGAAAGUCGACCGGCUUCUCAUGUGCUGGUGGGCGUUCACGGGCCUUACCCACCUAGUCAUGGAAGGCCCCUACGUUUUCACCCCCGGUUUGUACAGCAAAAGCAACACCAAUUACUUCGAUGAAGUCUGGAAGGAGCAGAGCAAGGGUGACUCCAGGUACGCGGCCAGGAACUCCGCAACGGUCAGCGUCGAAUGGAUCACGGUUCUGCUGGAAGGCCCCGCGUCGCUGCUCGCAGUCUAUGCUAUUGCAUCGCGGAAGUCCUACAGCCAUAUCCUCCAGUUUGCCGUGUGCCUGGGUCACCUCUAUGGAGAUAUUGUUUACUUCGCUACCGCCUACAUGGAUGGCUUCAACUUCUGGGCCAGCCCAUACUACUUCUGGGCAUACUUCAUUGGCGCAAACAGUUCAUGGGUCGUGAUACCACCACUGAUCGCCAGAAGGAGUUGGAAGAAGAUCUGUGCAGCGAUUAAUCAAGCCGAAAACGUCAAGACUAAGUAA